UGAAUUCUGAGACAUCUCCAGGGACUUCGUUUGACAUUUUGACGCCUCUGCGAUACUUCUCCUCUGGGUCUGAAAGCUUCCAAAGCACAACUCAAAGCAUCAGAGUUGCUGUCGCCCUCGCCGAUGAAGCCCACCGUUGAAUUGAUGGUCUGAAUUGAACCAGUACGAUGAGAAAGCCAGUGCGGCAUUUCAUCGAACGCCUUGGAGGCAAGUGGAUGCUCCGUCAAUCCAUUCGACCCCCGACUAUGGUUGCCUCUUCCUUCUCAUCACUCAGAACUCCAAGUAACCGCCCAGACGAAUUCUACGCCUCCUUCUUUUGCACCCUUAUUCACCUCUUCCUCCGGCACCGGCGCCUCUCCAAAGCCACGGCUGCUUUCUCCGUCAUGCGGAAUUGCACCUUCACGCAGGAGAUUCGCGCCUGGAAUGGCCUGUUGCACCAUUUCAAUUGCACGGGAUUAGUCCAUCAGGUAAUGGAAAUUUAUCAGGAAAUGAUUUCUGCUGGUGUGGUGCCGAAUGUGAUUACCAAGAACAUAGUUGUUCAUUCACUCUGUAAAAUUGGGGGCUUAGACCGAGCAAUUGAACUGCUAAGGGAUUGUAGAUUUGAGAGUGAUCUAGUUACUUACAAUACUAUGAUUUGGGGGUUUUGUAAACAUGAGCAAGUAGAAUUAGGGCUUGGAUUGGUUUCUGUGAUGAUUAAAUUGGGUUUGGAUUAUGAUAGCUUUACUUGUAAUAUAUUGAUGAAGGGAUUUUGUGACAAGGGUAUGUUGGAGAAAGCAAAUUUGGUAAUGGAAAUGCUGUGUAGUGAUGUGAAUAAUGUUAGAGUUUGUAGAGAUAUUGUAACUUUCAACACAUUGAUAAACGGCCAUUGCAAGUUUGGUAACAUCGAGAGCGGUCUUGAGUUGAUGGAGGGUAUGGUGAAGGAGGGGUUCAUACCUGAUAGCUUUACAUAUAAUAGUUUUAUUAAUGCUUAUUGUGAGAUGGGAGAUUUUGACCGCGCCAAGAUUCUUGUGGAGGAGCUCUUGGAAAAUAAUUGCAUUGCUUAUACUAGUUUUGUCAGUGGAUAUAGCAAGCAUGGUCGAACUGAAGAAGCGUUGAGUGUGUUCAAUGACAUGAUUGCAGAAGAAAUUUAUUGUGACGUAGUAGCAUAUAGUUGUGGUGUUAAUGCGCUACUUAAGAGUGGGAGGUUAGCUGAGGCGAAAUAUGUGUUUGAUGAGAUGGUUAGGGUGGGUUUAGACCCGAACUGUGUUACCUAUUCGAUUUUAAUCGAUUUUCUCCUUAAAAAUGGUGAUGUGAUGGCUGUGUUUGGCUUGCAAGGGCAAAUGGUGGUUCGUGGAAUUGCUUUUGAUGCAGUGGUGUUGACUUCAUUGCUCGAUGGGAUGUUUAAGGUUGGUAGGACGAGAGAAGGAGAAGACACGUUUCGCUAUCUUGUAGAGUGUGGUGUAAUGCCAAGUGUUGUCACCUAUUCUGCAUUGAUUGAUGGUCGCUGUAAAAUAGGUGAAAUGGAGGGUGUGGAGUUAGUAAUGCAGGAAAUGAAGGAGAGAAAUGUUGUUCCGAAUGUGGUGACUUAUUCUUCAAUAGUGAAUGGUUAUGUAAAAUCCGGACUUCUCAAAACAGCGAUUGAUUUGCUGCAGGACAUGAUUGAUCGAAACAUUAUGCCGAAUGUUUUCACCUAUGGCUCCCUAAUAGAUUGUUGUUUUAAAGCUGGUGAGAAAGAAAUUGGUAAAGGAGUCUACGAGGAUAUGAAAAGUCGAGGGGUGGAUGAUAAUGUCUUCAUACUCGAUGCUUUUCUGAACAAUUUCAAAAGAGAGGGAAGGAUAGACGAGGCAGAGGCGAUGUUUAGAGAUUCUGUGUCAAAGGGAUUCUUGCCUGACCGUGUUAACUAUACCUCAUUGAUUGAUGGACUUUUCAAAGCCGGGAAAGCGCCAGUCGCCCUUGAAUUUGCACAGGAGAUCCGAGCUAAAGGUAUAGAAUUUGAUACCAUUACGUACAACGUUUUGCUUAAUGGUUUGCUCAGAUGUGGCAAGUACGAUGCUCUAUCUAUUUAUACCGAAAUGAAAAGGCUCGGUUUAGCACCAGAUCAUGCUACAUUCAACACGUUAAUCAAGUCUCACUGUGCGGCUGGGAAAUUGAACGAUGCUCUUCGGUUCUUGGAUGAAAUGAGAACUCAGGGCUUACAGCCUAAUAGAAUAACUUGCAAUGUUUUGGUCGAAGGGCUUUGUGAGUCUGGAAAAUUUAACGAGGCGAUGGAUUUGUUGAAUGAGUUAUCUGCUUUGGGGUUUUGUCCAACUCCGGUUAUUCACAGACUCAUUCUCGCCGCUGUUUCCAAGGCGAGAAUGUCUGAUGUUAUCUUCAAGAUGCACAAGAAGCUCGUAACAAUGGGGCUUGAUGUAAAUCUUGAGGUUUACAACAAUCUCAUCACCAUUUUAUGCGGCUUGAAGAUGACUAGAAAAGCAGCAUCCGUGCUGGACGAAAUGGUGGAGUCAGGCAUUUCGGCGAAUACUGCUACAUUCAAUGCUCUGAUCCAAGGAUACUGCAGAGGGACACAUGUAGAUAAGGCUUUCUCUACGUAUUCUAAAAUGUUGUCCGUCGGAGUUUUUCCUAAUAUUACGACGUAUAACAUUCUUCUAGGUGGAUUCUCAGCAAUGAGAUCCAUGGAUAAGGUGGGGGUCCUACUUUUCGAAAUGAAAGAAAAAGGCUUUGUUCCAAAUGCUACCACGUACGACAUUCUGGUUUCCGCCCAUGGGAGGAUUGGGGACAAGAAAGAAUCCAUAAGGCUUUAUUGUGAAAUGAUAACCAAGGGGUUCGUGCCUCGGACCAGCACGUACAAUUUACUUAUCCAUGAUUUUGCCGAGGUGGGGAAGAUGAAGCAGGCAAUGGAGCUUCUGAAAGAGAUGGGCGCUAGAGGAGUUCGCCCUAAUUCCUCAACUUAUGACAUACUUAUAACUGGAUGGUGCAAGUUGUCAAAUCGGGAAAAGUCUGUAAUGAAAUUGUGUCAAGCUGAGGCCAGAAGUUUGUUUAAAGAGAUGACCGACAGAGGCUUCACUCCAUGUGGAACUACUGUAAAUCAUCUCAGUUUUGUCCUUGCAAAACCCGGAAAAGCAGCUGAUGCUCAAAGGCUAUUAGGAAAAAUAUACAAAACUGCUUGAUUCAAAUGCAGAGCUGGAUGAGAAGUUACGGAAGGAUAUUUCUGUGAAGGAUGGAUAAAAAGAUUCGUCUCUCUCCGGCAUGGAAGCACAAUAUGUAUAGCAUUGGAUCGGAAGUCUUGGCACACUGGAGUUCAUUGAUAGUCCGAUCUUGAUUCGAAAAUCUAGAGAAUUUAUAGGAAACAGGGACAUCGAAGAGCUGUACCAAGGUGAAUUCUCAGCACCCUUCCGGGAAGAUGAACCUCAGAAAGCCAACCCACCGGCAUCGGAGAGUGCCAGGAGUCGCCUUCGCCGGAUGUCGAGUGUAUUUGUAUAAACAGCUCCUGCUCACUUGCUUUAUAGCUGGUUUGUUCUUUCUCUCACCUCCCACGCAGAAAGUGAGGGAAUCCAGAUAGAGAAAACGAGGAAUUUUCGCGAGAUUUGUCGGCGAGAAACGAGUGC